UGCGGUCAGACGCGAGCGCACAACAAUCUGACUGACUCACCGACCGCAUCGCACCUCCGUCCCGCCGCACUGAGCCACUUUCUCAUCACUGCCCUUCGGGGAGGAUACGGAGGAAAUUAGCGGCGCAAACAAAAGUCCGAUUAGAGGGCUGGAAGUUGGAUGCGUCGUGUGUCGCUGCGGCUCAAUAAGUUUCCCGUCACACCCGCGGUGCGAAAGAGGAGAGGAACUUUCGGGGGAGCGUUUCUCGCUCCGGAGUCGCCGAGGGGACCGCGCUGCUUCGCACCGACCCGGUCUGCCGUCGGCCGCCGCUCUCUCCGGCGCCGCUGCGGAGGUGGAUGCUAUGCUGUAACUUUUUCUUCCGCUCCAGUCGAACCCGAGCGGCCGGCGUGACGGAGGAGCCGUUUUAUGGUUCUGGGGAGGGGAUGCGAGCCCCUUGUCUCCGAUAGCAGAGCGGGAGAGAGGCGCACCUGCUGGGCUCAGAACAAGACCGCGACGCACCAACAGAAUGCGGGAACGGGGUCCGUGCAUUUGUGGAGUAGGUGUGUGGAGCCUCCUGCUGUCGCUCUGCCUGGCCUCCCUCACGCACACACACCGGAGCCACACAGUGCAUGUAAAAGCUGGGACCUGCGAGGUGAUUGCUGCCCAUCGCUGCUGUAACAAGAACAAGAUCGAGGAGCGAUCUCAGACGGUCAAAUGUUCCUGUUUCCCUGGACAAGUGGCCGGCACCACUCGGGCGAUGCCGUCCUGCGUUGAUGCUUCUAUCGUAGCCCAGAAGUGGUGGUGUCAAAUGCAGCCGUGUAUGGAAGGUGAGGAGUGCAAGGUUCUCCCAGACCUCACAGGAUGGAGCUGCAGCACAGGCAACAAAGUCAAGACUACGAAGGUGACCCGAUAGUCAAGAACGGAACAAAGUGGGGAUGAAGGUACUUACACGGAACCGUGGACCUAUCGGUGGCGAGGAAAUGCUGAGAUUGACUAGAGAAAGCAGUAAUUGAUUCAUUUUUGGGAGGAUAUCCUAGAAAUGGCAGCUGGAGAGACAGGACUCUUUGCCUGCCAUUACCUUUAACACGACUGACUCGCUGUGGCCCGUCACCGCAAAGGACCACAUCACCCACAAUCCCCUACUGCUACUAGAAACACUACCUUCAACAAAGUGAACUACGACCUACACAGCACUGGAUUAGACCAUGAAAAAAGCUGACUUUCUUUACAGUGACCUGUAUCAUUCCUUUCUCUUAGUUGUGUUCUAUACAUACAGUAUAAAGGGGAUCUGGACUUCAGAUAGCUGUUCUACAUACAGUAUAGUAUCAAAGUCACUUCAAAAAAAGAGAUCGACUCCAGAAAGGCUGCCUCAUGUAUUCGAGAUGACACAUUCAAAUCUAACUGUGCCACAUGAUACAUCGUAUGCUGUCAAAAUGCUCCGAAACUAAACCUUUUCUUUUUCCACCUUCAGAAAGAUAUUUGACCUUAACUAGUCUGUGGCUGACCACGCGCCAUUUUUUUUUAAAAAGGAUGGGUCUUUGUUUCCCUCUUUGGUUUUCGGGAAAUGGACAAAAUCCUAAGCAGGGAGGUUAGACUAAUACCAAGUAGAUGUGACGGUAUAUUGAAACAUGUAAACGUGUAAAAAAUGGUCCAUGGAAUCAACGGGGCUAAAAACAAACUGAUGCUCUAAUGGUUUUAUUAUCUGUGUUUUUAAACGCCUGUUAACCGCUAUUGAGUACAUGUGUCAGUAUUAUAUGAAACGAAUAAAACCUUUCAAAAGAAAACGUA